AUGAGCGCAACCCCGGUCCAACAACUUCUGGAGCCCCUCGCGGGUGCCAGCCCCUCCUCCGCAACGUCUGACGAUGCGGUCCAAGCGGCUGUGCAGGGGUUCAACGACCUGGCGCAACAGCAGUAUCGACCGCACCAGCAGCAGGAUCAGGAGCAGGAGCAGAAGCAAGAUGGCGGAGAUAACACUGCGACUGCGGCUGGCCCAGCUUCGUCCGCCCUCGGAGACUUUCUCUGGGACGCCUUCGGGGCCGUCUUCAAGGCCGUCGGGCGAACCCCGGCUGCGCAGCAGGGGAAGCUGCUCGAUUUCCUGACCCAGCUCCAGGCGAUUAAGGCGACGGACAACGACGGGAAGACCCUGAAGCAUGAAGAUGGCGAGGUGUGGAACGACCUCCCUUCGUUUGGGUGGGUAGCGAGGGAUCUGUGGAAUUUCGAUGCGAACAACCUCUCAGCAGAAGACCGUGCCAAGGUGGAAAACUGGACAGCUUUCCUUGCGCAACUCACAGCGCGAUCUGCCUCCGGAGCGACCGACAGCCCGUUUGACUUCUCAACGUUUGCGUUGUGGGCGAUGCGUGAUGCAUUCGAGACGAACCAACAAGGCGCCGCCUCGCAGCCCGCGGCUCGGCUGGCUGCGCUGUGGGUGCGAUUUGCCGGGGACCGCCUCCGUCAAUUGUCAGUCGACGCCACCGCCUUGAGUGGGCGGUUGGGGGCGCCUGCGGGCAAGUAUGCGGAGCGUGAGUGGAAGGGGUUCAAUGAGGAUCGAUGGAACGCGUGGGGGGAGGAGCUGAAAGCUGCACAGAACCAAUACGCUUCGGAUGACACCAUCGAGCAGGCGGUAAAGCAUGUUGUUGGUCUCUAA